AUGCAGCCACAGGUGUACGGCCAAGGCACCGAGGCCCGGGGAGAAGGGGAGGACGAUGCGCCCAUGUUUGCCGACUACCGCGGCCCCAUAGAUGGCGAGCGGGCGGAGCGCUACAACCGCCGUCUGCAGCAGCAGAAACAGUACGACGACAUCCCCAUGCCGCCAGACGAUGCGGAUCCGCAAGAGGUGUUUGCCUACUACCGCAAGCUCAUCGGGCUCGUGCACUUCGUGCCACCGCGGCACUGGCGCGAGAUCCGCUUCGACCUGCCGGCGAACGUCGCGGAGCUGCGCCUCUACCCACAGCGCCGCGAGCGCGUGCAGGAUCGCGAGCCGAUCAGGCCUACCUCGUGUAUCGCCAUCUCGCUGAAGGGCAUGCUGCCGGAGAACACAACGCCGUCCGAGUACGCGGCGCAGAUGGUGCAGUACAUGUUCGACCUGCUGAACUACCAAAACGCCUCCACAGCCAUCACAGAGCUGCGCUUCGUGAAGAAAGGGACAGAGCUGUUGCAGAUGGUGGUGACGCUCGGCAAGGACAUACGGCUGGCGGGACGGGUUCUGACAGAACUGCAGGCUGCGGGCCUCCGCGCGUACUACGGCAAGCCGGUCUUCGAGUUUCCGCCGAACGCGACCUUUCAGGUGGUCGACUACCGUCGCACCCUGCACGACGGCAAGGGCAUCUCGGCGGAAGACGUCACAUUCCUGCUGGAGCCGAUUCGGCAGUACAACACCGUCGACAUCAACGUCAUCGAGGGCUACGAGCCCGGCGUCUUCUAUGCGCCGGUGAAGCGGCCCGAGACGGUGUACUCGUUCCUGUGGAACUACUUCUGUUCCUACAAGUUCCAGGCUGACCUGUUCCGCCGCUACGGCGUGCUGGUGACCAUGGCGCAGUGCCCGCACGAGUUCCUGCAGAAGGGCAUCCCGUAUCACAUCCAGAAGCAGCAGCUGGAAGAGAAAAUACGAGCAGAGCUGCAGCGCAAAGGCAUGGAGAAGCGCGAGUAUGAUGGCAGCGGCGGUGGUGUCGGCGCUGGCGGCGUCGACGACGAUGACGACUCGGACGAUGGCAUGAACGGCGGCGCCGACGGGGCGACCGGCGAAGGCCCACCGCCCGCGUGGGCCGCAAACGCCGCGGACGAAGUCGACAUCUUCGGCUCGAGCACCCCUGCCAGCCGCGUGCAGAAGCAGCAGCAGCAGCAGCAGCCGCUGCAGCCCACCUCGGCGGCGGUGUCCGACCCAUUCGGGUAUGGUCCCGGCAGCAGCAGAGCUGCCGCGACAGCCACGGCGGCAGCCACGGCGAACACUGUCGCAACGGCCAUCAUCUUCGUCGACGAAGACGGUCUCGAGGAUGUGGAUGCACUGCUCAAGCAGUACAACGCCGUCACGGAGCCGCCACCGUCCGCAGGAAAGAAGAAAGAGGCUGCAGCGAAGGGGCGCAAGGGCAAGGAAACGACAUCGGCGGCAUCGGCAGCGGCUGUGGACGAGAGAGCUGUCGGUGAGGGGGGUGUCGCGCCGCCGGACGCCGGCCCCCAAGGUGGCGCACACAUCCUGCCUCCACCGUCGGUGGAGGGGGCCGGCUGGGGUGGUGGUCACGGCGGCUACGGUGGUGACCCUUACGGUGCUCUGCCUGGGUAUGCACCGGAGCAAGGCGUGCACGGGUAUCCGCCGGCGCCACAGUACUACCCGUCUUCCGGCCCCUACAGCGGCGCUGGCCGUGGCGCGCCGCCAGAGUCGUACUACGGCGGGUACCAGGGUGUUGCUCCCUUGUCACGCGCCGACCCGUACCCGAGCGUUGCGCAGCGGUCCUCUUCGUCGUACGCCGCGCCGCCAUACGCGUACAGAGAUCGAAGUGCCAUCGGCACAGCCGCCGACACGCUGCCCGCCACCGCCGCCAGCGGCAGCGGCGCUCCGUCGGCGUAUCCGCUGCUCGUGGACGAGGCAGAUGAUGAGCAGGACGUGAUCCAGCAUCCGCUGCCGCAGGAACAGCAGCAACAGUCGUCGGCUUUGUGGCCGGGCGAUGGGAGCGGCGGUGGCUAUGGCAACUUGGACGGACAGCAGCCGCAGCAACCGCCGUUGUCCUCUCAGGCCAUAGCGUCAGUCCCUCACGAGAAGGAUAUGCUUCUCUCGUGGUCGAUGGAUGAGGGGCUGGCGCACAACGCGGGGUCUGGCUACGCGGCGACCGGGAUCUUCUCUCCACUACCGCCUCAUCGCUCUCAGCAGGGUCCCGUCAACGCCUUCCUGCCGGAAGGCGAGGAGGUCGGCGGCAUGCAGGGCUACGGCAGCAACUGGCCAGCCUUCAGCGACUCGCAGCAGCAGCUCAGCGCCUACGAAGCUGGUACCGCUGUCGGAGGCGUGCUUGGGGACUACGACCCGGCGCUACCCUCGUACUACGCAGGCGGCGAUGUUAGUAGCUAUCCACCGCCACCCCCGCAAGCAGCAGUCCCAUGGAGCCACGCCGACAACAACAGCGGAGCACCGCUGAGGUACGGCGAGCCAGUGCCGAUGCCGAUGCCGCCGCACGUGCGCGAGGCAGCAGAGAUCGCGGCAGACUUAGAGGAGCGCAUCCAGGCUGCCUUUCCCGCCACGUGGGCCACCGCGUCGGACGCCUCGGCGCAGCCGUUCCUGUUGGACGGUGAGGUGCUCGAGGGUCAGGACGUGCAGAGCACCUCGGAGGAGGCGAACUGCGUGCUGGAACACAUCCCGGACGCAGCCGCGGCGGCUGUUGCGGACCUGCCCGCCCCAACGACAGAGAUCGAGGAGCUGCUCAGUUUUCUGCAGCGCAACGUCAGCCUUGUUGGUCGCCUGCUCCAUAAGACCACCACCACGACCGUCGAGCAGGCGGCCGAGGUCGCCGUUUUCCGCGCCCGCGUUGCACGCGCAUUGCUGAUUGGUGCCACAGUGACUGUUGGCGAGUCGGAGUCGCCGGCGUCCCCAGAGGCGAUCCGCGCUGCGUGGGAGCGGCGUGGCGCUGACGGCGGCACGGUGCCUGCCCCGCCUGCUGCGGCGAACGACGGCGAGGCAGAAGAGCCUGCGGAAGCGGAGGCGGCCCCCGUCGAGACGCAGCUGCCAGCUUUGCUCCCUUACCUCUUGCGCACCUCCGCGGGCGUCGACCUCGCGAUGCUGCUCGCCUUUCACUACCCCCGCGCCUUCUCACGGCGUUUUCUGCCGUAUGUCCCGGCGUACCUCUUCGACGAAAAUGUCGUGCGCGUUGUGCUUGCGACAGCGCUGCGGCGUGACACGCAGGCAGCCAACGUCCUCGUCCGACACGUGCUGGCGCACUGGUGUCCGUUGACGCAGUGGCUGCUGCGCGUCGCCCACCACAAAGCAGCGGUAAAGCGUGAUGGCGGCGAGGCGAGCGCAGCCGUGGCGGCUGCGGGCGAAAGUGGCAACACCAUGGCCGCCAUGAAGCAUCUCGUGUCGUCCAUCGGGAGCUCGAUGGACAUCGUUCUCGCCGCGCUCUCCCCGGCGCAGCGCGAGUUCUGCCGUGCCAGCAGCGAUGCAUGCAACUACGUGGACGCGUUUGCCGAAGCGAUGCACGCAACUGGCGUCCAUGACCCGGCGGAGUAUGGUUGUGCACUCCCCCUGCUCUGGGGCCCCGACGGGGCGCUUUAUCGAUCCCUGGUGCGUCUCUACGUGAACGCGGACGUGUGUGACGGCGCGCAGAUGGCGCUGCGGAUGCUGUGCUGUGGCCGGUUCUCCUCGUCAGCGACGUCGACGUCUCUCGCCAGCGCCGAUGUGUGCCUGACGCGGGAUCACUACUACUACUGCAUCGUGUUGCUCUCCCGGUCGCAUACAGCACCGGUGCUGAGUCGUGAGACAGCCUCCUUCUGCGGUGCAUUCCUGAAGCUGUUGGAGCUGCAGCACACGCGCUGGCAGCAGCAGCAGCAGCGCCCGGCAACCGAGGGCGGUGGCAAUGCGACAAGGGCGCCCUCGGUCAGAGAGAAGGAGGCAGAGCAACUCUUAGAGACCGCCUUCAAAGCCAUGCAGACGAUCGACGUCUACACCACCUUGCGUGACGCGUACUUGGCCGUCGAGGUCCCCAUCACCCGCUUCGAGUCCGUGCUUGCCCGCCUCAGCCCCGCCGAGCCAUCCGCGAAACUGCAGCUGCAGGUGCCAACACUAGCAGAGUGGUACAAUGGUAGCAACAGCAACAACGGCAAAGGGAAGAACAACGCUGGUCAGCCGCCGCGCAAGCGUGGCACAGAAGCACCGGCGAUUCCUAGCAUCUUCUAUUACCGAGCCCCGUCACGUCGCAACGCUCGGUGGAAUCAGCUGCAGCAACGGCAGCCGCAGUCAUCGCACGUGACAUUGAACGCAUCCGGUGCCAGCGGCGGCAACGGUCCGACGAGCAUCGCGUCUCGAUGGCGGCAAGAGUGGACGGCGGCCAUGCGCACGUACCCUCCCUCGGGGGUCCCCUUCGCCGCGUUGCCGGAGGGGUGGACGAGCCAACCCAGCCGAGAAUACGGGCACUACUGCUUCACACCCCCUGCGCCAGCGUCGUCGACAGACGGUGCAGCCGCCCCUGCCACCGCGCCAACCCACAAGCAUCCCAUGGACGGCAAGGAGUACCCCGUCACCCCGCAAGCCCUCCUGCUGCAGGAGGCGGCAGCAAGUGGGAAUACCUCGAGUGUCACACUCGAUCAGGUGCGCACCCGCGCCAACGCCAUGCAUGCGGAGGAGGCCGCGGCCAUCGGGCUGCCACCACCGGCGGAGCUCACUGCCGCGGACGCGGAGGCAUGGGCAUCGGAUCAGCGCCGCCGCAAUGUGUUUCUCGACAUCGCCACGAUGGAGCUGCUGGGCAUCAAGUACCGGCCAUCGGGUCGCGCCCACACCGUCGCCGCGGACGCCGCCUCGACAAGUGGCGUGAAACGCGGUCGCGACGCCGGUGCGACGGCACCGACGCAGGAGCAGCUGCAACAGCUGCUCGCCAAGGCAAUUCCUAACUCGUACCCGGCUGUAGGGGCGCCAUACCCGGUGGUCAGUCGCGGCUGGGCGGUUUAUCUCAACUCCGCCCGCGGCCAGUAUGGUUUCAAGGGCCCAAACAGCGGCCCGAGCCAGCCGCCGCUGUUUGUGCACCCCAAGACGCGGAAGCACUAUUUUGUAUCGCCUCAGGCGUUCGCGCAGCAGCGAAAGGUGAACCUCGACCUCGUGGCGCGCGAUGCCGGCGUGGAGAAGAAGGACGUCGAGUCGUGGAUGGCCGAUCAGCGCACUCGGCACCCUGCGAUCGAUGCCGCGGUGGUGAAGCUGAUACCAAUCAUAUACAGCGACGUCGACAAGGCGAUGGAGGAGAACGCGGCGGUCGAAGUGGCCGGGGAUAGCGCAGCAGCGCCGCCAGUGUCAUCCUCGCGUGACGGGGACCACCAACACCAGCACACGUCGUCAUCACGGCACCGCUCCGAGCGCGAGGGCCACAGCAGCAACAGCGGUCGAAAACGCCGACGCUAUGAGGGCGGCGGUAGCGACGCCUCGCACAACGAUGAUGACAAACGCGAGAACGGCGACGAAUCCCGCGGCCGUCGCCGCCGCCGUGACCGAUCACCACGUCGGCGCGGCGGGAACGGCGGCGGCGGCGGUGGUGGUGGUGAUCGUCGCCAUCGGUAG